CACGAAUUCAAGACUUCAGAAGUCCUGUGGCGCAGUGGUAGCGCGCCGUUCUUAUAUGACUCGUCAGACUCAUAUGGCCUUCAUCUGGUUAUGCGGAUGCCGUGGGUUCGAACCCCACCAGGACUAUGCACUUUUUUUUGGCUUUGCGGUGGUCCUUUUGCACGUUGGGUGGCUUUUUUGGUGGUUGGGCGCACGUGGUGGCAGCGUGCACCGGCCCGUCUCCGAUCUAGCACGUGGCGGCUUAUCACGAACGUCGAACUGUUAUUUUUAGCGGAACAACCAUCAGAUUCUCAGAAAGCGGUAUAGAAUGAAGAUUCACGAAAGUAUGCGAGAUAUGGAAGA